AUGCCGUGCGAAAGCUGUGCCGUGCAGUUCAGCGUAUUUAAAAGAAAACGAGCUUGUUCUGAAUGCGAGCGGUUCUACUGCAGCGGCUGCUUACGGAGAGGUGGCGGUACCAUGUGUGGUCCCUGCAGGGUACUCUCGACUCGCCCUCUAUACAGGCAGAGCAUUUCUCAUCUGAAAGUACGUGACCUCCAAUGUUUCCUACAACGACAGAACGUUUCCACUAGAGGAUGCGUCGAGAAAGAGGAGUUGCUAAGUUUGUGUGUAUCGCACGUAAACAGCGCGGCGUACCGACGACGCGCGCCGCGCUCCGGUGCCAGUCCCUUCAGUACGCUCAAGGGCAUCACAUCGAACAUCAAUGAGUUCAUCAAUUCAGCCUUCGACCUACGAAACCCAGCACAUCCGGCGCCCCCACCUAAUAGAAGUAGUUGCUUUAAUUCAUCGCACGCACAUUCUCCAACAAACGCGAACGCAAGCUCAACUGAAGCUAAUGUCAACAUUCCCGACCGACGCUUUACACCCACGCCAGGUGGUGAGCGAGAUGUACGAGACAUGCGAGUCCCUGUACCUGAGAUGAGGCCAGUGAGUGAGAGUGGUGUGGAGGAAGGCGAGUGUGAGGCCGAGGUGCCCGCGCGGGACACCACCGACUGCUUCGAGAUAGAGGACCUCGACGACACUGGCUGGGAGUUCGUCACGAGGCCCGCUGACCCUCUACCCAACGACUCGGAGGUGCUGCUGACAGCAGCGGGUGUGGGCAUGCCGCGGCGCGCAGCUUCCGAACUGGAGCUUCGCCGCAGCGAGUCGGCCACCUCACGCGACAGCGACACCGCCAGUCUACAGGACGAGCCCCUGCUGUCCGCACCGUCCGUCGAAGGCAGUGACAGCCCUAGCCAGCUGACGCUGGAACAGAUCAGCCAGCCGUCACAACUGGAGCGCCUGAGCGUGAAGCAGCUGAAGGAGCUGCUGGCGCGCAACCGCGUGGAGUUCCGCGGCUGUCUCGAGCGCGCCGACCUGCUGCAGCGCGCGCGCACGCUGUGGGCCGACCACGCCAAGUACCGGGACGAGAUCGACAACCUGCCGUUCGAGGAGAGCUGCAAGAUCUGCAUGGCGGCGCCGCUGGAGUGCGUGCUGCUGGAGUGCGGCCACAUCGCCGCCUGCACCGCCUGCUCCAAGCAGCUGGCCGAGUGCCCCAUCUGCCGCCAGUACGUCGUGCGGGCCGUGCGCUUCUUCCGCUCCUAAAUUGCCACCUGCACACCUACUGCCACUGACCUUCCCUCCUCAAAUCGACCCUCCUAAACUCCUCCAACUGAUCCUCUAAUCUUCCAACUAACCACCUUAACUCCCCUUACUGACCCCCUCGAAAUCCCCAACUAGUCCCACUAAAAAAAGUAGGGGACUACUUGACCCCCUAAAAUCCUCCAAUUCACCCCACCAAACUCCCCCAACCGACCCUCCCUAAACUCCUCUGUCCCACCCCACUCGCAAGAGUCCCUAGUCGGUCGAAUUCAUUCGAUACAUGUCAUUAUCACGCUUCCAUGUACAAGUUUCUCGUUGAUGGCAUGAUUACUGCCGUGGAAACAUAUGACGAAAUACUGCGCGAGCGCACUUAGUCGAAUUAUAUGUAAUUCGUAUAAUUUCUCUAGCUGUAAAACAAGUCCAAUACCGACAUAUGCUUUAGGAUAGAAAUAGCUUAUUCGAUUCAGGUCUUAGAUGAAGUAAGAGGUUGUAGUACAUUUAUUGAAAUAUAGUGACGUAACAACACCAGUAACCGUCCGAAGGCUUGCUCAACGAAACCCUCGAUUUUAAUGGCUUUAGAUGUGCCAAAUUAAUACAAGGUGUAUUUAGAACGUAGAGGCCGUAUCUACUAUCAUAUAUGUGUAAUGAAUGUAUUCUAAAAACCAUCGUCUGUCAAUCGUGCCAUUCUGUUGAAACAGACCAAAAUUAUAUUUUCUAAUGAAAGAA